AUGUCCGGAAAUGUAGCUGUAGACACUUUAACUGGGAAAGCAUAUACUGCUCACCAGGCACCUCUAACCGGUCAACUCCUUAAUGUUGCUAUUCCAUAUAACGUAAUAGCAUCACAACUAUUAAAUCCUUGGGGUGUUACUGUCGACCACUACUCAAAUAUUUAUGUAGCGGUUGGUGGCAGAGUGCUAAAGUAUCCAGGCGGCACAUCCGUAACGGGUACACCAGGCGGAUACGAUGAUCCUCAAAUUAUAUUUGGUAUUUCUGUCGAUUGUUCCGGCGCAGUAUAUGUAGCAGACCACGCAGUGCAUCGUAUUCAAGUAUGGCCAAACUCUAGUGUUGGAAUAACAAUUAUUGGCAAAUUUAACGUUCCUGGAAACGGAUCAGACAGGCUAACCGCACCGGUAGAUGUUAAACUUGAUCGACAGGGUAAUAUUUAUGUACUUGAUAGGAGUCAUUCACAUUUACAUCAUCCACUUAACAAAUAA